CCAAGAUGGCAAAACCCCGUCUCCACUAAAAAUAUAAAAAAUUAGCUGGGCAUGGUGGUGGGUGCCUAUAAUCCCAGCUACUUGGGAGGCUGAGGCAGAGAACUGCUUGAACCCAGGAGGCAGAGGUUGCAAUGAGUCGAGAUAGCAUCACUGUACUCCAGCCUGGGCAACAGAGUGAGACUCUGUCUCAAAGCAAAGAAACAAAAAACAGCCUUAGCUCUAAAGAAAGAUUUUGAGUUUCUGGCUGGGCGCAGUGGCUCAUGCCCAUAAUCCUAGCACUUUGGGAGGCCGAGGCAGGUGGAUCACAAGGUCAGGAGUUCAAGACAAGCCUGGCCAAGACGGUGAAAACCUGGCCAAGCUGGUGAAACUCUGUCUCUACUAAAAAUACACAAAUGAGCCCGGUAUGGUGUCCGGUGGCUGUAAUCCCAGCUACUUGGGAGGCUGAGGCAGAGAACUGUUUGAACCCAGGAAGCAGAGGUUACAGUGAGCUGAGAUUGCGCCACUGCACUCCAGCCUAGGCAACAGAGCAAGACUCUGUCUCAAAAAAAAAAAAAGAGAUUUUGAGUUUUACAUUCCCAUGGAUGGCGAAAGCAAACACAAAAACCACACAUUUGUGCAAAAUUAACCGUUUACAUUUUAUACUAAUCAAUAACAUUUUAUACUAAUCAAUAAGCUAUUCUUGAGCCGAAUGCUUGUUUGUACCCACAUGCCUUCUGUCUCUCUUUCAUUCUAACCUGAAACUUUAUCCUUAAAUCUCCUUGUACAAUGAUUAUAAAAUGUAAUUUUAUUUUUAAACUAUAUAUUUUCUUUUGUUCAUUUCUUUCUUUUUUUUUUUUUGAGACAGUCUCACUCUGUUGCCCAGGCUGGAGUGCAGUGGCGUGAGCUGAGCUCACUGCAACCUCCGCUUCCUGGGUUAAGACUAUUCUCUUGCCUCGGUCCCCUCGAUUACAGGCAUGUGCCAUGAUGCCCGGCUAAUUUAUUUUUAUUUUUAGUAGAGACAGGGUUUUGCCAUGUUGGCCAGGUUGGUCUGGAACUCCUGACCUGCCUUGGCUUACAGGUGUGAGCUGCCAUGCCCAGUCUCUUUUGUUAAUUUCUUUAAUUUUUAAAUUUCUAUUGACAUAUUAUAGUUGUGCUUAUCGUGAGAGUACUUGUGAUAUUCUGAUAUAUGUACACAAUGUGUAGGAUCAAAUCAGGGUAACCGAGAUAUCCAUUGCCUCUGUGUAUCUUCCGAUAUCUUGAUCAUUAGGGUGAAAUACAAGGAAAAAAUAAAAUAAAAUGGAGAAGUUACCAUGUUUUUAGUGUUUUUAAAUCUUAAGGGUUUGAAAUGUAUAUAUUUGAGAUAAUGAGCCUUUUUGUCUUUUUUUGUCUGAAAGAAAUUUGUGACCCAAUAAUUAGUCAAAAUUAUCUCCAAAAAAUGUUAAUGAAACUGGGAACCUUUUGGGGGACAUUUUUAAAUUGUGUCAGCUGCUUCUAUGCCAGAGAGUGGACAGAACUGGUUGAGAACAGUCACAUUCAGAGUCUUCGUGUGCACUCUUUCAGUUAUGAAAAUGUAGGGCAAGUAAGCACUCAUUUCCCUGAGUGGAAAGUGACAUAAACACUUUUUUUUUGAGACGGAGUCUCUCUCUGUUGCCCAGCCGGUUCUUACAGUUGCUCUUCAGACCCAAGCAGUCAAGAUGGUGAAGCAGAUUGAGAGUAAGGUUGCUUUUCAGGAAGCCUUGGAGGCUGCAAGUGAGAAACUUGUAGUAGUCAACUUCUCAGCCAUGUGGUAUGGGCCUUGCAAACAGAUCAAGCCUUCCUCUCAUUCCCUCUCUGAAAAGAAUUCCCACAUGGUAUUCUUUGAAGUACACGUGGAUGACUGUCAGGAUCUGGCUUCAGAAUGUGAAGCCAAAUGCAUGCCAACCUUCCACCACCGCGCCCGGUCCACCUUCCAGUUUUUUAAGAAGGGACAAAAGGUGGGUGAAUUUUCUGGAGCUAAUAAGGAAAAGCUUGAAGCCAGCAUUAAUGAAUUAGUCUAAUCAUGUUUU